GCUGGACAGCUCGGUCAUUCUUUCCCACCGGUGCCAUGUCUCUUGUUACCGAUGCGUUUGUUUCACAGAUAGCAGCUGUCGAACCUUGGCCUGAAAAUGCUGCACUGUAUCAGCCUUUGAAAAGUGAACAGGUUUUGCUGUCUGAUAACGCAUCAUGUCUUGCUGUUCAGGCCUUUUUAAAGAUGUGCAAUCUGCCAGUCCAGGUGGUUUGUAGGGCAAAUGCGGAAUAUAUGUCUCCAUCUGGAAAAGUGCCUUUUAUCCACGUUGGGAAUCAAGUCAUAUCAGAGCUUGGGCCAAUAGUUCAGUUUGUCAAAGCCAAGGGUCACUCUCUUAGUGAUGGGCUGGAUGAAGUCCAGAGAGCUGAGAUGAAAGCAUACAUGGAAUUGGUCAAUAAUAUGCUCCUGACAGCAGAGUUAUAUAUUCAGUGGUGUGAUGAAGCUACACUAGAGGAGAUCACUCAGCCGCGAUACAGCUUUCCCUACUCCUGGCCACUCAACUACUUUCUGGUCUUCCAAAGAAAAUGGGAAAUAAAAAGAAAGAUGAAGGCUAUUGGCUGGGCUACAAAGACCUUAGAACAGGUAUUUGAAGAUGUUGAUCAGUGCUGCCAGGCCCUUUCUCAGAGGUUAGGCACACAGCCCUAUUUCUUCAACAAACAACCCACUGAGCUGGAUGCCCUGGUAUUUGGACAUCUGUUCACAAUACUUACCACACAGCUGACGAACGACGAGCUUCAGGAAAAAGUGAAGAACUAUAGCAAUCUGAUUGCCUUUUGCAGAAGGAUUGAACAACACUAUUUUGAAGAUCAUGAUAGCUCCAUAAGUUCCUCUACGAAAUUAUCAAAAGGGCCCACACUUCCGUAACAGCUCCUUUUUGUCACCUUUUGCUGGAAGCCUGGAACUUAGGAAGACUGAAGCAAAUGAAAUGUUUUGUAAAAUUCCCUGUAUAAAAAAAAAAUAUCCCCCAUCCCUGUCCUCAUACGAUGUUCUCAGCUGCACACAAAAGCCCCACAUCUGCAUUGUAAUAAAAGUAAGACAACUGUA